AUGGCAAUGAGCAAGAUUUCUGAACGUUGUGUGUUUAUUUGUCUUCUUGGUUUAACCAGUGUGACUUAUGUAACACUCGGCGACUCAGGUAUUGCAGAAAAACACGGGAUUUUGAUGGCGCAAUCGCCAGAUCAAGCCCCUUGCAUCUCUGAGGUCGUGGAUCAAUCAACGCUCUUAUUAGUUACCGUUAUUCAACUUAUUUUGUAUUUUAUUAAAAUACUUGGUGUUUCCCGGAACUACUGAAGAUGAAGGGUUGGUUAUUGUUACCUAAUGGGUAAUCCUACUGUACUCUCACAUCACCCAGGGACUCUGGUUUUCUUUCUCACCAGAAACUAACCCUUCCAUCAUAACUAUGCGUGAUCAGACAUGGGUCGUAUAGUCUCGACCAACAUGAAUAGAGGUUAUGGAGCGCUAUUUUGGCGACUAUGCUGUUAUCGAGUUUAAAUAAAGCUUUAAAUGACAAAAAAUGAAAAGUGGCAGCCAAAGGCGUCCUAGUAAAGGUUAAACUGCGUCCUUUCAUCUCAACUGCAAAAAAAAGUUAUUAGCACUUUCUAUACCUUGAGCUUAACAUUACACGACAAUCAGUGAGAUCUCUACAUUUGAAACAUGAAAUGCAUGUAACAGUAAUAGUAACAGUAACAGUAACAGUAACAUAACUAUCUAGGAAGUAGGAAUGAAUGGAACAAUCCUGAAUUGAUCCUCUCUUGUGUGAACGUAUUCUUAAAAUAAUAAUUCCAAUAUUGUCUUAUUUAGAAUGUAAAUCUUCACUUGGUAUGGAAGAUGGCAGAAUUAAAGACUCGCAGAUCAAUGUUACUAGUUUUAUUAAAACAGCAUAUGGUGAAAAUGCUCGUCUACGCCAAAAUAUAACAAUCUGGGGAGCAUGGUGUCCUGAUAAAACAGAACCGUCGAUGCGUGAAGUGAAUUACGACCAGUAUAUUGAGAUUGAUUUGUUAGAUCUGGCAAAAAUCACAGGAAUUGCGACACAAGGACGAGAAUAUAAUGAAGCAACAGAAAAGGUUGAGGACUAUACAAUAUCAUACAAAAAAGAUGGUGGGGAAUGGCAUUAUUACCGACGAAAAGAUCAAGAUGUGAAGGUAAAUUUGAUAAAGAUGUUUCAUGGAUAGAAAUUUGCAUGAAACUUAUACAAUUAUACCUGCAUAUAUCUUUGAGUCUUUAUUAUGUGAAUGUUAAUUUACAUGUUGCUCAUUUUAGUCUGUAAAUAAACACAGCAAGCAUAUGGAUCAUCCACCUGGACACAGUUGCGCAAAGUUCACUGUCCAUCUCAUAAUUUGUUUGGAUAGCUUGUUUAGUAUUUUACAGAUGAUGCAUCUUGUUGGCCGAUCCAAGUGUUAAAAAUGUCUACUCUGUUUCAGAUAUUUCCUGGAAAUAAGGAUGUAUCCACUGUUGUACGACAUGAUUUGGACCCUGCAAUUAUGGCAAGGUACAUCAGGGUUCAUCCAGGUUAUGAGACGGGUGCUGUCUAUGUGUGUAUGAGACUUGAGCUAUAUGGUUGUGUGGUUGAACAAGGUUUGUGACAAUUUUGUUUUCUUUACUUUAGCCAUGUUAAACUGUAAAAGCUGUAUAUAAUACAUUGUACUCUUUUACUAUUCUAGAUAUUCUCUCCUACUCAAUGCCAGUUGGGCAAACAACCAAGAAUGGCAAAGUGCACUACAAUGACACAUCUUAUAAUGGAGUGAUUACUAAUGACUUUUACAAAGAUGGCACUGGAAUACUCACGGAUGGCAGGUUUGGUCGUGUUACUUUCACAAAAGAAUUUAAAGGGGAAGGAUGGGUGGGAUGGUCUUCUUUGCUCACUCAAUCACAGUACAUUGACAUCACAUUCGAGUUUUCUGGUGUGCGAAAGUUCACAGAUGUUACGUUAUUUGUGAAUGUUAACAAGAAACGCGGUAAUGCUGUAGUUAAUGGAUCACAGAUAUUCUUCUCUUCAACCAAAGAUGGUUUUUCAGACACAUCAUUUCUUCAGUGCUAUCCAAGAGAUUUUGGAGCCAGAAAUGAUCCAUACACUGCACAUGUAACUUUGUCACUUUGUGAAAAUACAGCAAGGUUUAUGAAGUUGCGGUUGUAUUUUGGUGGAAAGUGGUUGCUAAUCACUGAGAUCAGUUUCAAUUCAGGUAUUUUUUGUUAUGUUUGUUUUUCAUUUCUAUGGAUAUUUUUAAUCCAGUAAUUCAAAUAAGAGUCAUAACUGUUGUGAACACUAUCAAGGUGACCAAUGUAAUUAGUGUCAACAUAUCUCUACAGCCAGUAGUAUGUAAAGACAGCCUUACAUACAACACACAAAAGACAAGAUUUAUCGAGACUAUAUCACAUGUAAUGUACAGUAAUAGAGUGUGAUGUAUGUCUACAGUCAGUAAAGAUUGAUCAUGAUUUGCACAUACAGCAUACAAAACACAAGAUAGAUCCAGAUUUCACAUUAUCAAACACUAAAACGUACAUGAAAUGUAUCCUCCAUCCUACUGUUUUUGCAGCUUGUUUUUUGUUAUUAGAUAGUAGUUAAUGUGAAAACCACUUUUAUAUUAUUGUUCCAGCUAAUGAAAAAUAUAGAUUUAGAGGUGCAUAUAGAGCAAUGCGGUAAACGCCGUAACACCUGCCGGCUUAAUUUGAAGUCCUGUGUUUAUUCUUAACUGAAUAAGCUGAUAUUAUAUGUGCAAGCAUGACUCCUAAUGUGCGCUACUUUAAUCCAGCUGAUUCAGUUGAAUAAAUAUUUAGCAGAAAUGUUUAUAUCAUUUGUUGUGAUCGUUGCAACAACAUGUUUCUAGCCAGCUUUGUAUGCAUUUCUGAAUUGUCAACAGAAAGUUCUAUCCAAAAAUGUUCACGGCAUAUUGCCUAUUGUGUUGGCCAGUCCACUUAUUAAUAGCCCAAUGUUGCUGUCACUCUACCAAAAAAUAAAUGUGAACAAAAAUAUCAAAACUCCUCUUUCGAUUCAUUCAAAGCGCAUAUUUUGAGAUGGCUGCAUGAAUAAAAGUGUAUUUUAAAAUAUGUUAUGUGUAGAUAUAUUUUGAUAGAUGUUUGGAAAUGACAAAGGGGCAUUGCUUGCCUAGAAACGCAUGCCAACCUGCCUAGAAACAUGCUCGGUUGCAACAUUUUAAAAAAAGGCACACAUUAAACGCUCAACAUAUAUUAGUUCAUUUAAAACCAAGUGAUUUUAUCAAAUCUUUUUGCUUUUUGCUUUUGACAUUGUUAGUUCCUGCCAUUACUGAUGAAACAAUGCGAGAUUGUUCGGGGAAUACAGCAGCUAUUUGUACAGCGACUCAACUUUCCACAGGAUGUAAAAGUAAGUAGUUAUAUUGGUGAUGGUGGUAAUGAUUGUGAGUGUGAUGGUAGUAAUAGUGGUAAUGAUAGUGAUGAUGGUGAUGAUUGCCCUAAUGGUGGCGACAUGGUGAUAAUGAUCAUGAUAAUUUUGGGGAACGUAUUAUUGGAGCCUCUGCUCUGUGGGUACACCCAACACUUUUGGGUAAAAUAUAAUAAAUAAUGGUACGUGGUCAGUUCAUGCAUGGUGGUUUUGCAUGAUGGUGACAAUGGUAAUUAAUACUACUAUGGUGAUGGUAAUGGUAAUAAUGUUGACUGUUGACAUUCCUUAGAUUGUUCAUCUGGCUCAAGCAAUCUUCCACUAAUCAUCAUCAUUGUCUGUGUAAUCCUGCUGAUUGUGAUUGUGCUAUUGGUCGUAAUAUUUCUCCUGUAUCGCAGACGAGCACUGUGCUUCGGUAAAAUGAAACAAAACAAGACAGACAAGACAGUACAUGUUGAACUUCAGAACGUAGAGGAUGCACGGCAGCCGACUUAUGAUAAGAUUGAGGAUAACCUGGGUAACCCACUGUAUUCCAGUGUUGGUGGGAAUCAUGACGAUACACAGCCCAUGUUGUCUCCUGUUAAGAAGACAUCGGGCGAGUUUGUUCCACAAACUGGUGAGUAUCGUAGAGUCAGUAAGAUAUCGAUACUAUGA